AUGGCCUCCCUGAAUCGACCAUGUCCCUGUCGUCGCCCGUGUGCAGGAUCUUCUGGGACAUCGUCGACGCGAACGCCGAGAACAAGGUCCUGGUGGUGACGCAGGCCGGCGCCUCUUACCUGGCCGACCACGUCAUCCUCACGCCCUCCAUCGGGCACCUCAAGGAGCGCCAUGCCAGCCUCUUCACGCCCGCGCUGCCCGAUUCCUAUCAGGCGGCCAUGGCGGCGACGGAACUCGGUCUGUGCAACAAGGUGCAGAUGGGCUGGGAAUCAGCGUGGUGGAGAGGAAAGCAAGACUUGAACCUGAACCUUCAAGUCAUUUUCACCCAAGACAUUCCCGAAGAGAUGUCAUGGCUGUAUGGGAUAAUGGAGUACCUGACAAUACACCAACAAGAUGAAAUGUUGCAAGGUUUCGUGACCGGCGAAGAAGCGAUAGCGAUGGAGAGCAUCCCUGAAGCCACUUUAAAGAAGCACCUGCAGUGGCUUCUGGCCAACGCCACCGGAAUGAAUGUUCCAGAACCCAUCUUCUUCAGGAGGAGCCAGUGGCAGAAUAACGUGUGGGUAAGAGGAUCCUACAACUCUUACCUGAAGACGGGAGGAUCCCUAACGAACCGUUCGCCCUUAGCUAAGCCUGCCAAAAUAUCCGGAAAACCAAUGCUGCUUUGGGCUGGAGAGCACACGCACAGCACGCGAUACGGAACAGUCGAUGGAGCCAUAGUUACCGGCGAGCGAGAAGCCGACAGAAUCAUCAACUACUGGGAUCAGCAAAUGUACACUGACUACUGAGGCUUCCCUAGUGACCCAAGCUGAGUUCUGGACUACGCUGGACAAGACGAGAAUCCCUUUCCUUUUGGCUUUGUAUCCCUAAUUCAUUAGCAAUUAGCUUGGUGUGUUGGUUAUGUCAAUGUAUUAGUUUUGUUUAAUUCUGUUCAUAAUUGGACCUUUGAUCUUUGCAUAAAUCAAUUGCUGAAAUUGUAUAAAGGUGAUCCAGUUAAUUUCUUCUUUCUGAAAAGUUUUUGAAAACGGAAAUAGUUUCAUUUAUCAAUUUGGUAAGUCUGGGUGACCCUGAAUAAAUUAGCUGCAUAAA